GCGUUAUACCGUGCGUGUACCGCGCCAUACAGCAACCGCGGCCGGAUGGAAGGAACUCGAUCGUAAGCCAAAAUGAUGAUGACACAAAUCAUGAAGUGUUUAACUUCCUUGUGCUCGGAUAAAGGCGACGGUCUUGUGAAAGUUAAGGGAGGCUCGGUGCUGUAGAUUUUGCUCAGAAGCCGGAAGAUACUCAAUGAAUACAGCAGCUAAUUUGCAGCACUAGUCUCCGAUUACGGGUCAACAAAAUGGCGGAUACCGAGACGGACGCUUCUGCGCAACUGCGAACCUCCACGUCCACGCCAUCUACGACGUCAUGCACGACCACAACGGCACAGUGUAUGAGCGUUCCCGCUAACGUUGUUGAGGCCAUCAAUAAGUCCAGUGACCUCGUCCCCGCCUUGUUUGCUCUGCCGUGCGAGAGUGGACACACCAAGAAACUGAAGCUUUCCAAGCGAGUGGGCUGGUUACGAGACGGGGUCUUUACUACUGGUUACAUGGAGAUCAACAUGAAGGAGGCCAAACAGAAGGGCAUCUUCAACCGGCCUCGGCGAGUGACCCUGGUCCGGCGAGAGGACAGCGGCUUCCACUCCACCGAGGUCGGCGCCGGGUCCAAGGCGCCCACCUGCAACCAGCUGAGCACCGCCAUGCUGAAGCGGAACACCUCCGCGACGGCACUGGUGGACAUCAAGGGGGAGCUCAUCCCCAACACCAUCCUGGUCGACAAGGGCAGCAUGCUAAUGAGUGAGGAGGCAUCGGGGAAGCUGGUGGCGCUCAAUAGUCAUGACCACCCGGUGGCGGCGCGCUCUGAGGAAAAACACACGGGAAACCUCAAGGAGGAGGCCAGCAAAAAUCCUGUAGUGAACCAGAAGCUCAGUGAUGACUCCUCUCGUGGAGGCCCAAACGGACAGGACUCGGACAAUAACAACACUUCCAAACCGUCAUCAGACUCGGACAUGCGUGGAUGCGUGCAGGUGUCUCAGAGUACCCAAGGCGCCCCGACCGGGUCCUCCAGGGAUGAUGGUGAUCAUCUUACCGCCACCGAAUAUUUCUUGACCGAGGGAGGCGAGGCCUCUCCCAUAAAAGGAAAAUCGGCUCAGGAGUCCGGCCAAGAUUAUCCGGCUACGCCAGCCGUCCGGACGCUCCAGCACUUGAUGCAGAUUGCUGAUGCAGACCGCAAGGGAAGCGACUCAGAAUCUGGUGACUCACCAGCGUUAACUGAGCAGCAGGUGCCAAAAAAUCCUCCCACGACUCAUCACUCGGAUGAAGCCAGGCCGCCACCAACAACAUCAGCAAGAAGGAGCAGAAGGAAAUCCUUGCCCCCUCGGAGAUACAAAUCUCAGGAAACCCAGCCGUCUAGAAGACCUUCGUUAAAUAAAGUGGUUGACUUGCUGGUCUCUAAGGCGGUUGAAAAUAAAAGCACCGCUAAACUUAACCCCAAGAAGCUGGAUUCUGAUUUGUCUUCCACGGAUGAUCUCGGGUCUGCGGUCACCCCCGCUACCGUUGGGACGCUGGUAACAUUGCCCUCGCAUGUCGAAACGGAGCCGCAAAAGAUAGAAGGGCUGAUCAAACGAACAAAGUGGCCAAUGACAAAAACUCCGUCUGAAAGGUGUUCGAUAGUCUUGUCGCCAGUGGAUGGCGAUAAGAGCUCUCCGUGUUUACUCACCAAUGACGGCAAAAGAACGGUCCCAAACCUGUGCAAGGACCCUGAAGGUCACGUUGACCAUUCGUAUGUUUCGGAAACAAACGACGCAGCGCCUAUCCGUGCAGUCAUACCACAUGGUGAAAAUACCUACAGUUCCAGCGCUAACCUGAAAGAAGCUUUGUUGAACGCGGGCGUUUCCGUCAGUGACAGACCUGCAAGUCAAACACUAAACCAGAAUCCUUGCGAGACCAAUGGACAAGUAGCUCGCGAUGACUCUAAAUCGGACAGACCCUCCGAUGAAGUUUCGGACGGGGUGCCCACCUUAAGAAUCGGUUCAGUCUACAGCCUGUCGGAGAAGGAGGCAAAAGAACUGUUCCCCGACACCAAACUUGCAAAGCCCGCAACGAAACCUGUCGAAUCUAAACCUGAAACCGACCGAACAAAUCCCGUUAAUCCAACAGCAAAUUUGGGAGUAACUGUCCAAAGCCAACCGAUACAUACCCCGCAAGCCCAACGCAUAAACAUUGGAGGCCAGUCUCAAUCGUCCGGAAAUGUGGCAGGUGGACUUCAAAGGGCAUCCACCUUUCCAUUUUCCAACAGUUCCAAUGUUAAGUUGUACAACAUCACAAGUUCUGUGAGGAAGAGAGCAGUCUGCACACCAGUUACCACCGUAGCUAUGAAUCCUCCAGCAAAUCUCGCACCGUCAAAUUUUAUAGGGGUGCCAUCAUCCACGGGCGUGGCCAAACUACAGCAGCCGGUGUACCCUCCCGCUACCCAAAUGUAUACCUUGAUCCCGUCCACCCAGACCCCCAUUUGUCCGAACCCAUCCAAGCUGCUAUCCUUCGUGCCCGUUCAGGUUGGGACCCUGCAGGGAGCCACUGUCAGUUCACCACGUGCGGUUCCCGUAUUCCCAACCUCCGCAGUUCAGGUAAUACCGCCUACAUCAACACAUUUUCCUGUAAGAAUUUCUACCAGUGCUGCACCAUCUGUUUCAAAAUCCCAGACUCCUGCUGGGUUGAGCCUGCCAGUUGGUACGCCAAGUCCGGGCAGCAUUCUGAGCAAGAUUGUUGUAACCAGAAUCAGUAACGAGGCUUCGGGGAAUGUUCAGACGGCACUAGGAGCUAACGCCUCUGAGGUCGAGGGUGAAAAUAAGCCCAUACCCGUGUCGUCUUGCGUCGUCCCCAAAACGUGUGCAGCCUCGGGUGUUGCGGGGUCUGGUCACGCGGUUGUCUCGCCCCCUCAGACUGCCACUGCCCAAGCCUCCCUGAUAGUUUCAGCAAAGAGAACUAUGGUAAUAAGAAAGGUUGUAAAUGUGCCAACCCUAGCAGGGGCCAAAGAAACACCAUCAACUCAACAAACAAAAUCUGGCGUGGAACCUAAACCCAGUGCGCAGCCCGGAGCCAAUCCAUUGGCACACGCGGUGAGAAAAACAUUUCUGGUCACAACCUCAAACGGAGAGAAGAGGUUGGUUAGCCUUCCGGCUGACGCAGACGCAGCUGGUGUACUGAUGCAAAUGGCAAGCAGCAAGGCAUUCCAGUUUGUCGUCCCACAAAAGGCUGUGGUCAAACAGACAGAAAUUAAGAAAGACAAUCAAGAGGAGAAACAGAGCAGUGAGGGCAUUCCAUCAAAACACAGCUCAAAGGAAGCCAAGAAAUCUUCCGAAAAGCGUUCCCAUAAAUCAAGGCACAAAACCAAGAAAAAGCUACCUAUACUGAAGAUUAAGUUUAGAAAGGAACCGCAGGUAGACCCAAACGAGGAACUACAUGUAGAACCAAAAGAGGAACCACAUGUAGAACCAAAAGAGGAACCACAGGCAGAAACAGACAUCCGAAGAAGUACCCGCGACAAAAAACUGAAGCGCCCGUACUCGCCUCCAAGUGGGUCAUCCAGAAGAGCGAAGGUUUGUCGUUCAGAAACUCAAGUAGUGACUAGUGGGGAGACUAAGUUAUCUCCGAGCGUCAAGGACACUGAAGAGAGUCAGCUACCGUGUACCAAAACUGAGUCGGUCAGUCCCGAUGCCGAGCCGACGCGUUCGGACAAAGACAUGUCGGAUGGGGAGGAUAGCCUCCCUCCCCAGCCGCCGCCACCGCCAUCCUACGUCGAUAGGGGGGACCGCGUCAAACGAUUGAAGGAGCUGAUGAAGGAGAAGGAGAAGGCCCUUGAGGAGAUUCUGUUACGGAGGAAAAGGGAACUGGAGGAAAGACUAGCUGAUCCAGAGCUCUGUGACCUGUGAAGGCAUCCUCUGCUGCCGUUUCUGUGUUCGAGGGGUUUUUUGGUUGUAUUUCGUUCAGAAGUAUUAAUGUUAUUUAUUACGUCUGCAUUUACAAAGUUGCAAAAUUGUGUCUUAGGAUGCUUAACGUUUAUGUUCUCCUCUUGCUAAGUAGAUGUACAUGUAAAGUAGUAAGUACUCUUUCAUGCUUGCAGUACUGCACAUCGUUUUUCCUGACUGAACAAAGAAAGUUCGUAAGAUGUACGACAUUUUUUUUAUUUAUGAUUAACGGCUUGUAUACAAGUUUAAUAGUUUACUAUUGAGCACAUGCGCAUUGUUGUAUUUUACCAUUAAGAGUCUUCGUUAAGAAAAGCGAAAGUUUAACAAAAAGGAAAGAGUUUUAAAGAGUUACAUGUUAUUAUUUUUGACUUGGAGCAAAACCGUUGUUCUGACCAAUUUAACAAACGUUUUACAAAGUUACCAAACAUAGGUUUUAUCGUGUGUUCAUAAACAUUGUGUGUAAUUCUCUUUUCCCUCUCCCCCCCCCCUUCAUCCCCUUCUCGUACUGUUUCAAGGAAGUUUUUUAAUACAUUGAUACAGCUAUCGAUAUACUUUAUUUCAAAUAACUUUCUACAAAAUUCGUAUGCAUUUGUACUGUUUGAAUUCGUUAUAAGUACUUGAAUGCCAAUUGUAUAAUUGGCAGUCACAUUCUGUUGGUGGAGGCGUGUUCGAAACAACUGAUUUAAUGUAAAACUUUUGUUUCCUUUUGAUUUGUGUAUUUGUAACAUGGCCAAGGUGAGCAAUCCGUUGACUUAGUUGGCUAGAUAUGCCAACAAACAGACGUAAUACAACUGAAGAACAAUACACUCACAUUAAAAAUUGAAUGCAUCACUGCACUGCGGUGUCGAACUUAAACAAUGUAGUAUUUCAUAUCAAACUGUUAAUCCGGGCCCAAUUUCACGGAGCCACUUGGAAAAAAAUGCAUAUUAAAGUUGGUAUAUACGUGCUUUUCAAAAUUUCGAUUUUCUUUUCCGAACAAAAUAUAAAAAAAUGUAAUGUCCUGUAACAAAAACAUUUGCCGGUUUGUUUUUGUAGGCCUUAAUACAUUUUUUGUUUAAUUCUUUUUAAAUGGCGCGCUCCAGUUCAGAAACUGCGCACGCUAUUCAGAACAAAUUAGGAGCGUUCCGCUCUUAAUUCAAAAGUUGAAUAUAAUUAAUCGAUUACUUGUCGCAGGCCGAUUCUUUCGCGCGAUGUCUCAUUGGAAAGCUCAUAAAUAAUUUAAUGCUGUAGAAAAUUAUCAAUUCAAUUUGAAUAUCCAUUUUUUAAGGUGCCACACCCAAAAAGCACGCAUACACCAACUUUGAAUGUACAUGCCAGUCAGAAAUCCGCCAGGAACAAGUCACUGGUUUGACUGGUAACCUGUCUUAGCCGAGCCACUACUAUCUGUGCUUGGCCCAUUUUUGUGCUUAACAACUGUCGUCGCCUGAAAAGAUACGAGGAGGAGUUAAAGCAAGAUUAACUGCUUCAAUGUUUGCAUUGUUGUGAUUGGUUAAAAACUUUAUGGUAGUGCAAGCUUAAAGGUAGUACUCAAAAUCCGAAGACAGGUGCUUAACAACUAGCCUGAUCAAGGUUUAGCUCUGUGAAUGCUGUUUAUUCCGAGAAAACAAUAUUCUAGGGACCCGAUUUCAAAUCAAAAGUUACCGAGUCAUGUUUUGAAUUACACCUAAAAAACGCAUCUGUAUACACGUUGUCAUUCAGCCGAUUGAAGCUAUACGCGAUUAUGUCAAGCACUGUAUAGCAACCGCACGCGCAUGACUUGUGCGCCACGUCAACGCUUGCGCGCAACAAUUCACGGAUUCGCCGAAUUAGAAACCAACUAUUUUGUAACAUGACUAAUGGAAAUUUCCAAAUAAAAAAUGCGUCAUUUGACGUAUCUUUCGGAAUGGCCUUCUUUUAUUGUUUUCUUCACAAAUGACAGCAUGCCAGAAAGAAUAAUUUCACAGCUAGUUUAGUGCCAUUAUACUAUUUUUCAAUCAAGUAUGUUUUUCAACAAUAAUUUCGUCAGUUACUUUUUGGAUAGCUACAUAUUAUAUACUCUACCGUUAAACAAAGUAAGCAUUUCAACAAUAAUUUCUUCUGUUACUUUUUGUAUACAUGUAGCUGUAAUGAUCUACUCUAACUUUAAAGCAACAUUGAUUGCUCCAAGUUUUGCAUUGUUGUGAUUGGUUAAAACAAAAGCUUAAGAUAAGACUCUUGCCCUGCUAAAAGACCACUGCAACAGUUUGUUCAUUCUAUGUGGCAAUUAGACAUACACUUGUGGUGUUAAUGCUCUAAGGCGGUUUUAAAUUCUGUUAAUGUGCCCUCUACCAGACAUUUUUUUGGUCUUUAGUCAUAUCUUAGGGAGACACCAAGAGAGACAUCUCAAUGUAUCCCUAAUGUCACAACCCCUAUUUAGAGGCAACGUGUUAGUGUCGCAAAUAGGCUAGAUCGAUUGCUCUUUGUCAAAAAACAUAAAUACACCAACAUUUGUGGGGGUAGGAUAAGGUGAAGUUGGGGUUAGGGGUCAUUAAAGGUGGGGGAAAUGUGCACAACCCUAUGGGAAUGUUCCCCAAAGGUACGCUAUCCCGUCAUAAUCAUGUCAUUUAGUAUCAUGUAUACAUGACCAUAAUGUACUAGUGUUAACAUGUACCCAGUAUGCUUAUCACAUGUUGCUCCACAAUUUCAACUAUAGCAUUGGCCACCUUUAGACCAAAGCUUGGUGUUCGACAAACACGUUUUCGGUCUUUGAUUUUUAUUCAAAUUAUUAAUCGUGUUUGCAUUGUUUAUAGUUCAGGUUUCGAUUUCAAUUUUUUUUAAAGUAAAACAUAGAGGUGUGUUCUUUUAGAAAGAUCGAGAAUCAAAA